GAACUUAGGAACGGCUACAGACCUUGUGAUUAACGCAUUUUGUUUUUGUACGCCAGAUAACAAGUAUUGUUUUCAUUUAAUCAUUCAAGAAGCUAAUAACUUUUGAAGGAUUUUUAUGAGAUGGAUUUGAAUCUCAAUCUUCUCCGGGGACACCCAACCCUACCUGUUUUCAUAAUAUACAGGUGUGGCACUAGAAAUAUAUAACAUACCGACUUCUGUGCUAGAUCAAACGAGAGAUUUAACGAAAAGGACUGAUUUUCCCACUAGAAUGGCAACUACAGGUACAGAAAAACAUUUUAGACUUUGUCUUGUGCUAAUGAAAGCUGGAACCAAAGCAUGUCACUGUCUUUUACUGAAACGCGUGAAAGACCUCAGCCCCGCUGACCAUGAGCCGUUUCCCUGGACAGUGGACGACUUUCUCCUGAGUAAAAAGAAGAAGAUCAGAAACGCGAAACUUGGCAAGGAAAAGGAUCGAAUACUCUUCCCAGCAGACAGCAAAACAAAUCUAUCAAAAUGGGAUCUUUCGUUGUUCUGUUUUGUGUUAAUUGAAUGUUGUAAACUUCCUAAGCUGAUAUGCUUAGAUGUUGAACGACUCAGAACCCUUCGUAAUGAACUUUGUCACGUGCAUGAGCCUACUGUAAACGAUGAAGUGUAUACAGACUAUCUUACAACAAUCACGGUUAUUAUCAGAAGAAUCAUAGACGAAACAGAUGACGAGUGCAUGAAAUGUGAGAUCAAGAGAAUCGUCAAUGUUACAGAGAAGGAACCGUUGUCUCUUGAGGAAACCCUGAGAGACAUGCAUGCGUUUUACUCCAUGGAAAGGAACAUUCGAGAAAAGCUUGAUCAAAUGAGUGAAGUUGAGGAACAUAUACUAGCGAAAGUUGAAAAGUUUGACCAAUUACUGGAGAAGAAAGUCAGCACGAUAGAUGAAAAUCUUGAGAAACUCAACCGGCAAUUUGAAGGAAAACCAAGAUUAACAUUAAAUUCAUUUGUUUUCCAAGAUAUAAAUUGUCACAUAGAGUUGAAAAACGUAAGUCAUGAGAAAGAAGCAAGUAUGUCUGGUGUUCUGGUCCAGUUAUUUGAGGAAGCUGUAAACGAAAAUGAAGAUUUCAAAUCAAAGCUGCCUGCUGAUUCGUUUGUAAAGCUACGUGAAGUCGUGAACAGAACCGUUCAAAUGUUUCUGUCAAAAGGCUGGCAAAUUGUUGAAACGAAGCAAAAAUGUGUACAGCUGAGUAUAAGAUGUCAGUCAUUUGCUGCCUUUUCGGGUCUGUGCAGGGAAUGUAUUGAGGGAAGCCUAGAAGCAGAAUUAGAGGAGCUAAAAUCUGCGAUUUCAGAGAUAAGUGAUGGAGAAAAGGUAGAACUGGAAACGGUCAUAUACAAAGACGAGUUUUGGAAUGUUAUAGAUAAAACACUUUCGGCACUUGAAAUAUACCGGUCGGAAAAUGAUGAAAACCGCGUCGAGUAUACAGAAGAUGUUCAGAAAACCGAUGCCGCUGCUGAUGUGCCACAUUCAGUACUGAUAUCGGCAAGGAAAGAAUCUGCAGCAAAGUUACUAAUCAGUAAUAAUGGAUGUGAAGCGGAAGACUUGCAUACUUGCUUAAAAUCAAUGGAGAAAGAGAUUGCGAAUGAAUUUGAUGCACCUGAUGUUUUUGUUAAAGCUUGCUUUACAGAAAGGCAGGUAUCAGUCGAAGAAGAUUCACGUACGAGAGAAGUUAUGUUUGACAGCCUGUCUGUGCCCAUCAACCAAGCUACCUUACCCGACAGCCCAGUGAGUAUCUGUACAUAAUCGAGCUUUAUAAGAUAACGUUUAUUUUAUAAUUAAGAGGAGUGUUUUAUUCUGUAGCAGAUUUAG